AGCAGCCCUCGCGCAAGGCAGGGCUUUGCGGACACCGGGACUGCAAGAUGGCGUCGCUCGUGCCACUGAAGGAGAAGAAGCUUAUGGAUGUUAAACUUGGAGAACUGCCAAGCUGGAUAUUGAUGCGGAAUUUCACCCCCAGUGGCAUUGUGGGAGCCUUUCAGAGAGGUUAUGACCGGUAUUACAACAAGUACAUCAAUGUGCGGAAAGGCAGCAUCUCGGGGAUUAACAUGGUGCUGGCAGCCUAUGUGGUUUUCAGCUACUGCAUUUCUUACAAGGAACUCAAACAUGAGCGGCGACGCAAGUACCACUGAAGAAGGGUCACUUUGAGGGGACUGCACACCCAAGCAUAAGCGCCUCUCCUGCGCCCAUCCAUGAAGAACUCAACUCUGGCUGGAUCUUCAUGUCCUAAGAACUAGUGUCCAAUAAAAGGUGACUGACUGGUUCAUGUA